GUAAAAGUGGGACAGUCCAGAGGAGAAGUUUGAAACUGAGACUUCAAUAUCGGCUAACCAUUCUGGAAUGUCUUCCACAUCCCCUGUUUCUUCUUCAGGCCAUAUUGCUGAUAAGCUGAAGGUGGAAAACAAUAGAUGAGGAAGCGGCUAUAAAAGCGUUUAAAAAUAAAAUGUAGCAGCGAUAGGGGCUUCCAAGUCCUCAGUGUCAAUCAACAGUAAAAACAGUAUGUUUUUUUCUGCCUCAUGUGUUUAAAGUAAACAAAGCAAAAAAAUCAGAUAAAUUAAUGACUUCUCCUUCAAUUAAAGAUGUAUUUUCAGAAAAUCAUAUUUUUCAAAAAGAGCAUCUGACUAGGCCUGCUACUGUACUGUUGACCAGAAGGACAAACAAAUUGAGCAUGGCUGGAAAUGACGAAAAAAGGCCCAUAAUACCACCCAAAAGGCCUGGUUUUAGGGUCUGUUAUAUAUGUGGACGGGAAUUUGGAUCUAAGUCAAUUGAUAUUCAUGAGCCAAAAUGCUUGGAGAAAUGGCAAACUGAAAAUGAAAAAUUACCACCGAACCUGAGGAGGAAAGCCCCACAUAAACCUGAAGCACAAUCUGAAUCACGUAAUAUUAAUGCACUGAAUGAGGCGGCAUGGCAAAGUUCUCAGGCUCAAUUGAUCCCUUGUGAAAACUGUGGUCGUACAUUUCUUCCUGAUCGUCUUCCUGUCCACCAAAGAAGUUGUAAAAACAAAACUGGUUUCAAAAACUCGAUCUCAGGGUCUCCAAUAGCAGCCCAAAAUGGCAGUACAUCUAUGCAAUCACGUGAAUCUGUUGGCAAAAAGGACUCACAGCCUGUCCAGAAACCCAAAUUUUUAAUUUGUUAUAUCUGUGGCAGAGAAUUUGGGGCUGCAUCUCUACCAAUUCAUGAACCCAAGUGCCUUGAGAAAUGGCAAAAUGAAAAUGACAAGUUGCCCAAGAAACUGCGAAGGCCAAAGCCUCAGAAGCUUUCUGUGGCCCAGAAUGGAGGCACUUCAGUUGAGAAGCAGAAUGAGGCUGCAUUUGAGAGCUUCAAAUCACAGCUGAGUCCGUGUCCUAACUGCAGUCGGACCUUUGCACCAGACCGGCUUCUUGUUCACCUAAGAAGCUGCAAAAGUAAAUCAGGUAGUCUCAGUUUGAAAACUGUUUCUCUUAACAGUGGUGUUGCCAGUACAAACAGCACAAUGACUUUGCAAAAGAAAGAUCAAGGACCGCAUGAGAAGACAACGUCUGUUACACGUCCAAGAACAGUUAUUUGUUACAUUUGUGGCAGAGAAUUUGGAACCAAGUCUAUUGACAUUCAUGAACCGCAGUGCUUGAGGAAAUGGCAUAUAGAAAACAACAAAUUGCCAAAGAAUAUGCAGCGGACAGAACCAAAAAAGCCUGAAGUCACAGUUAUAGCAGCUACAGGCUCUUAUGAUAUUGCAGCCAUGAAUGAGGCAGCGUGGCAAAGUUCCCAGGCCCAGCUGGUGCCUUGUGAUAUCUGUGGGCGCACUUUCCUCCCAGACAGACUCAUUGUCCACCAGCGUGCUUGCAAGCCGAAAUCAAAAUAAAAGUGUCUAUCCUGAACAAAGUCUCCAGGCAACCUUUUGCUAUUGUAUCAGUCGCAGCAAAAUGGAAAGACAGAGCAUAUUAAAUGUAUGUGUGUAUUUGUUAAUGGUUAAUGUUAAUGACUAUUUGUCUGACUCAGUAAUACUUUGUACAUUACAAAAUUUCUGAAAUGUUUCUGAGACACCUAUCUAUUAAAGGAACUUUUGUGUUUGUAUUGAAAUAUUUUUUGUAAUACUUUGCAUUGUAUAGUAUCAAUUACACUUGCUGAGCUUGCUAUGAUUGUUUUUCUUAAUUGAGAAAUGUUUUAAUGGUUUAGUCAUUUUCCUAUUAGAAAGUUUUUUUUUUUUAUUAUUAUUAUUAUUAUUUCUGACUGAUAUGUUAUUUACAUUUUUAAAUUAAUAUUUGUAUAAUUUAUUUUUGGGUGACACAGAGGUGCUACAGCAUUCAGAAUCCCUGUCCGGACACCAUCUUUGUGCAGGCUGGCUUUCAUUGGCUAUUCGCUGGUAAUUUACAAAAUAAGCAUUCAUUACAGCAUUUGAAAACUUUUUUUGGAGCGUGCCCUGUCCAAGAGUUGUUCCUGUCUCACAGGAACAAUGCUUGCUGGGAUAGCUUCCAACUGCCAUGCGACCCUACACUGGAUACGUGGAUUAUUGCAUGGAUGAAGCAUAUUCAUGUUAACUUGAAUUGUUCAUGAUGACGUGGAGAGGAGAAUAUUGGAAUUAAGCAAGCAGCUUUGGAAUUUUAAGUCAGUCGAUCUGUUGUCUUGUGCUCUAUGCUGUCAGGAUGGUCCACUGACCCUGAACUGGAAUAAAUAAAUGAGGACUAGUGCUACAUCCCGGGGUGGUUCCUGCUACGUAUCCAGUGAUACCAGUAUGAACUCCACUCCCUGUCACCCUGAACUGGAUUAAGUGAGCUAGGAAAAUAAAUUUCUCAAUGAAUGAUUUUUCUUUUACCACCUAUUAAUGAAUCAAUGCACAUACUGUACAAAAACUACUAGAUUAAAUUACUGUUGAUCAGA